CAUCGUGAUUCAGUUGGUCAUCUUGAUUCACAUUCUUUGAGCUUCCCUGUAUGCCAAAUCCAUUAAACUCAUGCUAAAAUUCCAAGAAAAAAAAGAAAAAAGCCAAAAUGGUAGGUCUCAGUUGCUGCACCUUGGGAUCAUACAGGUUCUCUCUCUCUAUCUACUGUUUCUAAACUGGAAUUUCAGGUUAUCUUGGGCAGCAUUCAAAUGCAACCAUGGGCGGUUUCCGUCAUGUAGAAGUUCUUUGAAGCAAAGAAUGGUUAUUAGAGCAGAAGUGGACUAUGUUGAUAGUGAAGAGGCUAAAGUACUGGUUUCAAAAGAGGGUUAUGCUGUACUAGAUGUAAGAGAUACAUUUCAAUAUGACCGAGCCCAUAUCAAAUCAUGUCAUCAUGUGCCCCUGUUUAUUGAAAAUAAGGACAAUGACCUUGGUACAAUUCUCAAACGAACUGUGCACAACAAUUUUUCUGGAUUGUUCUUUGGGCUGCCAUUUACAAAGCCCAAUCCUGAGUUCGUUAAGUCUGUAAAUGAGAAGUUCUCAACUGACAGCAAAUUAUUACUAGUCUGCCAGGAAGGAAUGAGAUCUGCAGCUGCUGCUAGACAACUUGAGGAAGAAGGCUUUCAAAAUAUAUCAUGCAUUACCUCUGGUCUUCAAUCAGUAAAACCAGGAACAUUUGAUUCUGUGGGAAAAGUUGAGCUGCAAGAUGCAGGCAAGGCUGGCCUUGUAACAGUUCAAGGCAAAAUUUCAGCUGUAUUAGGCACCAUCCUCAUUUGUGCAUAUCUCUUAAUUACUUUCUUUCCCGAACAGGCAGAGAAACUUUUUCAGCUGGGCCCUACUAGCUAGACUCUACAUAACAGAAAGAAUAUUAGAGAGGAUUUGUUCUCAUUCUUUGUGGCUUCAUGAAAUGAUGAUGAGCUACUUGUGCAAUGCGAACUAACAACAUGUUGAAAGCACAUUGGACAAGGAAAUGUUCCAAUGUACCCUGCUCCAUGUGGCUGCUGAGGUCCGUGUGUGUGUCAGAGAGAGAGAGAGAGAGAGAGUUUGAUCCAUCAAGUGGAUGCUCCCUCUGAUAAAUAUCCUAUAUUUAGGAUAAUUUAAAAAAAAAAAUACCAUUCAAGAGAGAGAGAGUGAGAGAGAGAGAGAGAGAGAGAGAGAGAUUUUAUUGGUAAUUGUAAAUUGAAGUUUCCUUGGGGAGUACAUAUAUUUUUUUGCCUAGUUUGGCUCCAAAAUCCAAACUCAAGCAAACACUAGCAGCAACUCACAUGAGAUUUUGGUUUAAA